CUCCAGCCCCCUUUACUUGAGCAAACGGUCGGCGAACACUUUGCAUCCAUCGUCAGUGAGCAUGGCGACCGCACGGCCGUGAUAUCACGGCACCAGCAGGCGCAAUUGAGCUACGACAAACUCGACCGGGACAGCAAUGCUUUGGCGCGCGGCCUUGCCAGGACUGGCGUCAAGAAGGGCGAUCGGAUAGCGGUAUCUCUGGGGAACAACGUCGAAUUUGCGACUGUGACAUACGCUCUCUUCAAGCUCGGCGCCAUACUCGUGCCGCUUAAUCCAGCCUUCAACGCCCUCCAAGUCAUCUCCGCCCUCAACCACCUCACCGCCUCUCAUCUCAUCAUCGGCACAGAGACGAAUCUUCCGCGAAAAGACCCGCGAUCCAACGUUCCGCUUCUCACACACUUGGUACCCAAUCUUGCCGGCCAUAAGGUAGAGAGCGAGCUAGUACCGUCCCUGAAGAGCGUUGUGCUGGUCAACAACUCGAAUGGGCGCAUAGAUGUUUCAGACUUCAAGUGUGCCGCCCAGUAUCCGCAUGUCUUCGAGGACGGCGGAGACGGAAGCCGGCCACUUGAAACCGAAGCAUUGAGUCCCGAUGAGAUCGUCAACAUCCAGUUUACGUCCGGCACAACAUCCAUGCCUAAAGCAGCAUGUCUGACACACAGAAGCAUCCUCAACAACGGCAAGAGCAUCGGCGAUCGAAUGCUCCUAACGCCAGACGAUGUGGUGUGCUGUCCACCACCGCUAUUCCACUGCUUCGGCUGCAUCCUAGGCUACAUGGCAACCGCCACCCACGGUUCCGCCAUCGUCUUCCCAACCGAAGCCUUUGACGCCUACGCCGCUUUACAAGCCGUCCGAGAAUACAAAUGCACAGCGCUCUACGGCGUCCCGACCAUGUUCGUCGCAGAGCUCGAGCUCCUGGCCAACGGCGUUGUCCCCUACGAAGGCUUCCAGCACCUGCGCACCGGCAUCGCCGCCGGCUCCAGCAUCCCGAGCGAACUGAUGCGGAAACUGCACAAAGUGCUCAACCUGACCGAGCUGACCAUCUGCUACGGUAUGACGGAGACCAGUCCCGUGUCCGCGAUGACGACGACAGACGACCCGAUGGAGAAGCGCAUUGACAGCGUUGGGCGACUGCUUCCACACGUGAAGGCGAAGGUGGUGGAUCCUGCGGACUGGAACCGUACCCUAGGCAUCGAUGAGCGAGGCGAGUUGGCUGUUUCGGGGUACCUCGUUAUGAAGGGCUACUGGGGCGAUGAAGCCAGAACCCGCGAAGUCCUCGUGCCGAAUGAGGCCGGGGAAAUGUGGAUGCACACCGGCGACGAAGCGAGCAUGGACGCGGACGGGUACAUCAAAAUCACGGGCAGGAUCAAGGACCUCAUCAUCAAAGGCGGCGAGAACAUCCACCCGCUCGAGAUCGAGAACUGCCUCUUUGCCCACUCGGCCAUCGCGGAGGUCAGCGUGGUCGGCGUGCCGGAUGAGCGGUACGGCGAGGUUGUCGCGGCGUUUGUGAUUCCGCAUAAGGUCGACGGGAAGAUGGCGGAGGUCACAGUGGAGGAUGUAAAAGAAUGGGUGAGAAGUAGGCUGAGCAAUCAUCUCGUGCCGAAAUACGUGUUCUGGACGGAUGGGUAUCCGAAGACAGCCAGUGGGAAGAUCCAGAAGUUCAGGCUUAGGGAAAGGGCAAUGCAGUUGAUCAGAGAGGGUAAGGGGCUUCAAUAA